AUGAAGGCACCCAAGUUGUCCCUAUUUGGAUUGCUUCUUGCUCUCCUUUCCCCAGCGCAAAGUGCCUCUCCGUCGAGAAUGGACAAGGGCGAAAGGAUCGAUCAAGAAACUGCAGUAAUAAAAACACCAACAAUUCGAUUGUACCUGAUAAGACAUGGCGAGACGUUGGCCAAUAUCCAAAAGGUUGUUGUUGGGCAAUUGGAUUCGCCCUUGACGAAAUUAGGUAAGCGGCAAGCAGCUGCGCUUGGGAAUAGCAGCAUGAUCAGAGGGGUCAAGUUUUGGCGUCGCUACUCCAGUGAUUUGCAGCGAACACAACAUACAGCGCGUCUAGUCGACAGUCAUCAUCAUUUCACUUUAGAUGAACGACUAAGAGAAAUUGCCAAAGGGGCACGCCAAGGUUUUCCAAAAAGCUAUACAAUGGAUCAAUGCAUGGAAAGCUUCAAAGAUCGGCCGGAAGAAAUCCCGAAACAUGAAUCUUCGGAUGAUGCAUGGAAGCGACUUUCGUCAUUCUUGCUCCAGCUGGUGCAAGAAGCUGUCGAUGACGAAGUAGCAUUUCAGAAUGCUAAAGUGGGAAACAAGGUUCGCAAUGUUCUAAUUGUUAGUCAUUCUGGAACGUUACGGCUAUUACUGCACAAACUGGUUCCUGGUGCGCACCCUUUGCUAAAAGAUUCUGCCGAAACAACUGGUGCUCUAGACGACUCCAAGCGUUUCCAGAUUCCAAACACAAGUCUCACCACACUGGACAUAUCAAUCACCCCGAACCCCGUAUCACGCGACAAUGAACUACACUGCUUAGGGCAAAAGCUGUCAGUUGGGCUUAUCACCCUCAAUUCGAUUGACCAUUUCAGCAACUUGUGA